ACCCAGAAGCCACUGCAACUUCAGCUUCAAUUACAGUGAAAACCCCACUCUCUAACCCUUUCCAUCUUCAUGGCUUCUUUGGCCGUCUUCCUAAACACCGGCAAGAUAUUCAAAAAGUCACCUUUGCCCUUCUCUUUACGCCUAUUCCCUUUCAAAUCCUCUUCUCUCUUCUCUUCCCUCUGCAAUGGAAACCCCUUUCCUUCACCCUCUGAAACCCCACCUGUCCCGACGAAAGUGCCAUUCACUGUCUCAGCUCAUGGGAUGACGUGGCAAGACCCCUACCAUUGGAUGUCCAACACCAACGACCCAGAUUUCAUCGACUACCUAAACCAAGAAAACUCAUAUGCCCAUGCUUUCAUGGCCGACACUCGAAAACUACAGCAAACACUGUUUUCUGAGAUGACAAGCCGGAUGCCCUCCAAGAUUUCCACUCCCCCUGAACGUUGGGGACCAUGGUUGUACUACCAAUAUAUUCCAGAGGGGAAGGAAUACCCGGUUCUGUGUAGGAGGUUAGGAACUGAGAAGAAAGGUUGGGUGAAGACUAUUGUUGAUUAUGUGAGUGAAGGUUUUGAGAAGGAAGAAAUCUUACUUGAUUGGAAUGAAAUUGCAGAACAAUAUGGAUAUGUUCAUGUGGGUACAUGUCGAGUAUCACCAGACCACAACUUCCUUGCAUACACACUUGAUAUUAAAGGAAGUGAACAGUUCAUGCUUCAAAUUAAGGACCUUAGGACUGGGAAAAUUCUUCCACAAUUACGAGUUGAUGGGGUUGUUAGCUUGGCAUGGGCUCAAGACUGUUGUACUUUGUUCUAUACACUAUCAGAUGAGAACCAGAGGCCAAACAGGUUACUAUGCACAAAAAUGGGAUCUAAUUCUGUGGAUGAUGUCCCAAUAUUUACAGAAAAUGAUUCUAGCUUUUGUUUGGACAUCACAAGCACAAAGGAUGGCAAGUUUAUAACAGUGAAUUCCAACUCUAGAACGUCAUCUGAGGAAGGAAUAUAUCUAUAUCAUUUCUGUACUGUCUAUGUGAUCGAUGCAAUCAAUCUGCAAAAUGGGUUACAAAGAUUACAUAAGCGUGUCUAUGGUGUACAGUUCUUUUUGGAACAUCACUGUGGAUAUUUUUACAUUCUUACGAAUGCUCCUUUGACCGAGGAUAAGGAGUUGUGCAGCGGAAAUUAUUCCUUGGUUAGAUGCCAAGUUGAAGAUGCACAGUUGGCUAAUUGGCAGAGGAUAAUUGUACCAAGUGAAGAUACCUGCUUACAAGAUAUGGACAUUUUUAAUGGACAUCUGGUGCUUUUCCUCAACAAAAAUGGUUCCCCGUUGAUAUGUUCCAUCAAUAUGCCUAUAGAUGUUGGUAACAAGAACCAUAUGCUGAUUGACAAUCUUAAUCCGUGGUUUUUCCCUCUGCCCCCAAAUUCAUGUAGAAUUGUUCCAGGUUCAAAUCAUGACUUCAUGAGCUCAGUAUACCGUGCAGUGCUUUCUUCUCCAGUGAUGCCUGAUGUAAUUGUUGAUUAUGACAUGUCAAGACGUACAAUUUCCAUUGUGCACCAGGAGGAGGUGCUGGGUGUUUCUGGUACUACUGGAUCAUGCUUUCUGACAUAUGAUGGAAAAACCAAUGAACUUAUAGAUACUCCAAAUGAAAAAGACCAAAAUGUCGAGAGUAAUGAAGUGCAGGGAUGGAGGGACUUUUCUGAUACAUAUUGUUGUGAAAGGAAGGAAGUCAUUUCCCAUGAUGGUGUCAGGGUUCCUCUGAUGAUCUUGUACAAUAAGAAAACACUGCAAAAGGGUCAGUCUCCCGGACUUAUACAGGGCUAUGGAGCAUAUGGGGAAGUUCUGGACAAAAGCUGGUGUGCAGACCGUUUGAGUUUGCUUGAUCGUGGUUGGGUGGUGGCAUUUGCUGAUGUGAGGGGUGGUGGUGGUGUAGAUCCUUCUUGGCAUAGAUCUGGCUGUGGAUUGUACAAGUUAAACUCCAUGCAUGAUUUUGUAUCAUGUAGCAAAUACCUGGUUAAUGAGGGCUACGUUCAUAAAGAUCAGCUUGCUGCUGUUGGAUACAGUGCAGGAUCUCUUCUAGUGGGAGCAGCCAUCAAUAUGUAUCCAGAAUUGUUUCAGGCUGCCAUUUUGAAGGUUCCAUUUUUGGAUAUAUGCAACACAUUGUUGGAUCCCAGUUUGCCUCUCACCACAUUGGACUACGAAGAAUUUGGAAAUCCUCAGAUACAAUCCGAACUGGAGUCUAUUUUGAAAUAUUCCCCUUACGAUAAUAUUGCUCAAGGAGUUUGUUAUCCUUCAAUGCUUGUGACAGCAUCAUUUCAUGACUCAAGAGUUGGAGUAUGGGAAGCAGCCAAAUGGGUAGCAAAAGUACGAGAUAGUACAUGUCCAGGUUGUUCUCAGUCAGUCAUCCUGAAGACAAAUAUGGAUGGAGGACAUUUUGGUGAAGGAGGUCGUUUUGGGCAUUGUGAGGAAACAACUUAUGAAUAUGCUUUCUUAAUGAAAGUCAUGGGGAAUAUUUUAGACCACAAGAGGUGAAUAGGUUUUGCCGUAAAUUUAAGAAUAUUGGAAGAUUUUAUUUAAGCAACUGUAAAGAGGAAACUUUCAUUCACAAGAUUUGGAGGGAUGAUCAAGCAUCUAGCUAGCUCUCCACAAAAUUGAACUUUCUCCGUCAUCUCCUCCCUGCUCUUUUCGAAAGGCUAUCUAUAAGGUAGCUUAUGGCACUGAGAAACUUUCUCCGUCAUCGUAUCAAUUGUUAGUUUGCUUUCUCCUGAUUAA